UAGAAUAAAAGCAUUCAGAUUCUACAGUGACCUCAUCUGCAGCGCAGUGCAUCAAUAAAGUAGGAUACACUUGUACAUACAAAUGAAGAAACUGAGCAAACGAAAAACAAAUAACCAUUUAUUUCUGAACUUCAUGUAGCUGUGAUGAAGAAACAGCAGGUUUAUUUGUGUUAAUCAAAAAGACAGUAGGAACUCGUGAGUUGCACAUCUGUUAACAUAAGUACUAAUUACUAUUUAUUGGCUGUCACCAUAGACAUAUACUGCACAGUGCAGGCUCUGAAAUACCCCACUGUACUUUCACAUGCUUAUAGUAUUUAUCCAUGGAUUUAAUUUUCACCCUAUCUUUCACCCCUGUGUUAAUUCACAUCAGUGACUGACAUUCAUUGCAUUUUGUAAGGCCUUAAAGUUAAUUAUCUCAUAACAGAUGCUAGGCUAAUGCGUGGAGAAUAAUGAUUUGAUGAUUUUUUUUUUCCUUGUUAAAUGUGAGAAGCGAGGAUUUGACAGCGUGACAGCACACAGCAGUGACAGACUUGACACAGCAGUCCUGUCCCUGCUGGCUGCACAGCAAACACUAAUGGGCUUACAGUAUAUGGGGUUUAUAUAGCCAAUAUAAUUUGAGUCCUAGUCUUUAAUCCAUGCUUCCUGCACCCUCAAGUGAAAUUAUUAGAAUUCAUGUAUCCUUUGUGGACUUUAUGACUGGUAUAAAGAAUGACAAAAAAAUUCUGACAUUGUAACUGCGUGAAGAGUUUAUGAACAUAAUCCAGGCAGGAAUUAUAUUCACUAUAAAGGAAAGAAGCAAAUAAACGUAGUUUCUGGGAGAUAGGGUUGCAAUAUAUUAACUUUAAAAACAGUAUAUAACAGACAUCACAUUAUUAUUGUACAUUACUUGUUUCUUCAAGUGAACUCAAAGCAUGUUGAUAGUGCUUAAUGUUGAAAGAAUUAGAGCCUUUUUUCCAUUAUUUACUAAACUGUUUAUUUCAUCAUGUCAAAACACCGAAAAUUAAAGAAAAUAUUAAAAUUAAAUUUGUCAAUGCUGCUGCUCAGUUGGUAAAAACUAGAUUCAGAUAGAACUGGAAGGCUGUUUGCCGAGGCCUUAUGUUUUGCUGGGGUUUCUUUCUUUCUUUCUUUUUCUCAGAGGUCAAUAACUAACUCUGUGUUAACUUUCAAACAACAAAAAGUCAAUAAAGUGAGCUUUUUCCAGCAGGUAAAUGGGUGUGAUUUCUAAAGGCCAAUAUAAAUAUUGACAGUGGGGGAAUGUCCUGUGGUCCAGGGCUGCAGCUUUCACAGCAGGUUGGCUUUUCAACAGUCUCUGCUAUGUAUUUCUACCCACUGCGCCUGCAGCUGCACUACAGCGUCUCCACAGCUCUGAUUCUUGACUUCAGACCUGAUCCUUUGAUGAUGAGGAUCCCGUUGAGGCUCUGUGUCUUUGCAACUCUGCUAGUAUGCUAUAUCCUGUUAAGCUGUGCUAUAGAACACAAAAACCAGAAAGGUGGAGGAUAUCAAAGUUCUGACAAGAAAACUGACAGCAACAUUAAAAUGAAGAGAAAUUACAUAACAGUGCGUGAAUGGAGACCUAAGGCUCUGACUCCAAGGAAGAAGAUGAAGAAGACUGGAAGUGAGAGAAUUUCUGUGGGACCGGGAAGUGACAUCAGCUGCACCAGGCUGGGAGGCAUCUGCCAGGCAAACCGAUGCAUCUGCCAAGGCCAAUACCUAAAAGACAAGUGUUCGGGGGCGAAGAAGCGGCAGUGCUGUAUGCCAGCUGCCUUGAGCAUCCUUUGUGCUGGUCACCACAGCAACAGAGUGAGGGCAUGUGAUGUGCAUGGUUGUGGAGCUUUCCACUCCAAAAGAGGUAAUGACCUCCAUAAAGCAGUGGACCUGGUGUGUGAUGACUAUGGUAUUGUCAACGCUCCAUUCUCUGGCUCUCUGGCUGGUCCAGUCAGUCAAUGGGGUCAAACUUCUCAAUGAUGUUCACUGUGUGAAGAUCUUCAACAUCUGUCCCUAUCGUUACAUGGGUCCGGUGGCUCAGGGAGAACCCUUGGGUUACCUGCUGCCGCUGCAGGAGCGUUUCUCUGGCAUCACCUCACACCUGGAGUUGCACAUACAGUAUGUGACGGUACUGACCCGUCACCUUUCAUAUGACCUCUGAGUUUUUACCUUUGUGCCUAUUCAUAUGACCUUUUCAUAU